CUCGGCGCCUCCCCCGGGAGGACAGGCGAACCAGGCGCGGACCGACAGGCGGACAGCGGGGCGGGCAGAGGGCGGACGGCCACGGCGCUGGGGGCGCCCCGGCUCCCGCGCGCCCCGACCCAUGGCAGGCCCGACCCCGUCCGCGGCCGACGAGCUCCCGGGCCCCGCCGCCAGGCGCCUCUACUCCAGGAUGGAAGCGUCGUGCCUGGAGCUGGCACUGGAGGGUGAGCGUCUGUGCAAGGCGGGCGACUUCAAGGCGGGCGUGGCCUUCUUUGAGGCCGCCGUGCAGGUGGGCACUGAGGACCUGAAGACACUGAGUGCCAUCUACAGCCAGCUGGGCAACGCUUACUUCUACCUGAAGGAGCACGGCCGGGCGCUGGAGUACCACAAGCAUGACCUCCUGCUGGCGCAGACUAUUGGUGACCGCAUGGGGGAGGCCAAGGCCAGCGGAAACCUGGGUAAUACGCUCAAGGUCCUGGGACGCUUCGACGAGGCUGCCGUGUGCUGCCAGCGCCACCUGAGCAUUGCCCAAGAGCAGGGAGACAAGGUUGGGGAGGCGAGGGCCCUCUACAACAUCGGGAAUGUGUACCACGCCAAGGGCAAGCAGCUGUCCUGGAACGCCGCUCAGGACCCCGGGCACCUGCCGCCCGACGUCCGAGAGACACUGUGCAAGGCCUCCGAGUUCUAUGAGAGGAACCUGUCCCUGGUGAAGGAGCUGGGUGAUCGGGCGGCACAGGGCAGGGCCUACGGCAACCUGGGCAACACCCACUAUUUGCUGGGGAACUUCACGGAGGCCACGACCUUCCACAAGGAGCGCCUGGCCAUCGCUAAGGAGUUUGGAGACAAGGCAGCCGAGAGGAGGGCCUACAGCAACCUGGGGAACGCCCACGUCUUCCUGGGGCGCUUCGACGUGGCCGCCGAGUACUAUAAGAAGACGCUGCAGCUGGCCCGGCAGCUCCGGGACCAGGCGGUGGAGGCGCAGGCCUGCUACAGCCUGGGCAACACCUACACGCUGCUGCAGGACUACGAGCGUGCAGCUGAGUACCACCUGCGGCACCUGCUCAUCGCCCAGGAGCUGGCCGACAGAGUGGGCGAGGGACGGGCGUGCUGGAGCCUGGGGAAUGCCUACGUGUCCAUGGGGCGCCCGGCGCAGGCCCUGACCUUCGCCAAGAAGCACCUGCAAAUCUCCCAGGAGAUCGGGGACCGCCACGGGGAGCUCACGGCCCGCAUGAACGUGUCACAGCUGCAGCUGGUGCUUAGCCGCCUGAGCAGCCCGGCAGCCUCAGAGAAGCCUGACCUGGCUGGCUAUGAGGCCCAGGGGGCCAGACCCAAGAGGACACAGAGGCUGAGCAUGGAGCCCUGGGACCUGCUGAGACUCCCCCUGGAGAGGGAGCAGAAUGGAGACAGCCAGCACUCAGGGGACUGGCGGGGGCCCAGCAGGGACUCGCUCCCCCUCCCUGUGAGGAGCAGGAAGUACCAGGAAGGCGCCGACGCUGAGAGGCGGCCACGGGAGGGCAGCCACUCCCCGCUGGACAGCGCCGACGUACGGGUGCAGGUGCCACGCACGAGCAUCCCGAGGGCCCCAUCCUCUGACGAGGAGUGCUUCUUUGAUCUGCUGACCAAGUUCCAGAGCAGCCGCAUGGAUGACCAGCGCUGUCCCCUGGAAGACGGCCAGGCUGGGGCUGCUGAGGCCACGGCCGCCCCCACCCUGGAGGACAGGAUCGCUCAGACCUCGAUGACUGCCUCGCCCCAGACUGAGGAAUUCUUCGACCUCAUCGCUAGCUCCCAGAGCCGCAGGCUGGACGACCAGCGGGCCAGCGUGGGCAGCCUGCCGGGACUGCGAAUCACCCACAGCAAUGCCGGGCACCUCCGAGGCCACGGCGAGCCCCAGGAGCCGGAGGAUGACUUCUUCAACAUGCUCAUCAAGUACCAGUCCUCCAGGAUCGAUGACCAGCGCUGCCCACCGCCUGACGUGCUGCCCCGGGGCCCCACCAUGCCUGACGAGGACUUCUUCAGCCUCAUCCAGAGGGUGCAGGCCAAGCGCAUGGACGAGCAGCGGGUGGACCUCGCGGGGGGCCUGGAGCAGGGGGCAGGUGACCUGCCCGAGCCCCAGCAGCAGUGCCAGCCCGGUACCAGCUAAGGCCCUGCGCCCACUGCCAGGCCCACCCUGCCCCCACCUCCGGAUGCUGGGCUCACAGUCACAGCCACGAUCUCCCGAGGCCAUCGCCGAGGACAGGCACUGGGCAUGCAGCCCCAUGGCCUCCCUGACCCAGGGUGGCAGGCUCAGGCCAAGCUGCCCAUGCGGGGAGGGCGUGCUUCCAUCUUGGGCUGGGCCCCCAUGGCUCUCGGCUUCCUCCCCUGCCCCCGCCACACGCCGGACAGGGCCUUCAGCAUAUCGGCCCCAACCCGGUGCUGUGCAGACUCCCCUGCCCUCUCCCGCAAGCCCUUCCCGCUCUGCCCUGCCCUGCCAAAUGUGAAACCCUGGUGUCUCCCCCACCCUCCCGAAAGGUGUCUCUGAGCCUCUUCUUAGGGCUACCGUGUUCUGUCCCCCCAGAGCUGGUCCUUGGACAGCCCUGCGGCAGGCAUGCUCCUCCCUCCGGCUUCAUCCCCAGGCGGGCUCCCUCCAAGCCUGUCUCCCCACUCCUGCCCCAGCUGGGGGAGGAAGAGGUCAGAGACUACAGAAGGCCCUCCCAGACCAGUCAUGGCAGACCAGGCUGCAGCGGCAGCCCUCAGGGUCCCCCACCCGAGUCCCAGGGCCCUGCUAGGGCCUCGAUGGGGGUUGGGCCUGUCUCUAGAGCAGAGGGAACGGCCGGCCAUGAACGUUGACCUUCAAAAACCCCAAGCCAGGAAGAAGGGCAGGGCCUGGCCCUAAGGAUGCUAGCUGGCAGCGGGAACAGUGCCCAGUCGGUGGGUGGGAGGCAGCACCAGGCUCUGUGACCCUCACGUGAGUGGAGGGUCAGUGGAAGCUGGGGAGGCUUCGCUCAGCUCAACCCUGCAGUCCCCCAGAUGAGAACCCCCUCCUCCCACCAGCUAGGGGAGAUGACAUCCCACUGUCUCCCCACGGGGAGGGGCCCAAAGGUCACCGAGCUCAAGACCCUGCGCCCCGCAGGAACUGCCAGAGCCUGAGAUGGGCCUGAGGUGGCCUGCUCCUGUCCAUACCCAGCCUUGGCACCUCCCAAGUGCCGUGGGCCCUGCCAUGGCCCCACACCCCCUGGAGCUGGCAGUUCCAUCUAGGAGGGUGCCUCCAGGCCCCGCUCUGAGGCCGGGGUGGACAGGAGUCCUGGGCCCGACGAGGUGACCCGCUUCUAGAGGGGCAGGGCCACACCCGAGGGCAGGGACAGAUGCCCAAACACAGGGCCUCCAGGACCCAGCACCACCCUGCAUACUUGAAUGUACAUGCAUAUUUAUUGCUCACAUGUCUGUGCCACGUUGUCAAUGGGUCCUUUCCAACCCAAAAGGUACAUUUGUUUUUCUGUUUUUCUCCUGAAAAAUAAAGUCGCCAAGUGAGUG